AUUUUUUAUAUUAAAAGAGUUCUAUCAAAAGAGUGGAAAAAAUUAUACAACAAUGAUCAGAAAAGAAAAUCCAAUUAAAAGUGAAAAUGACAAAAAAGAAUAUAGAGUAAUUUGUUUGGAAAAUGGUUUAACUGCAUGCUUAGUAUCAGAUUUGGCUUCAUUAAACGUUAAUGAAUCACUACUACAUAAAUCUGACACUGAAAAAAUUGAAUCUGAAAGUGAAAGUGAAGGUGAAUUCGAAAGUGGAUCUGAAAUUGAUCAGGAGGAAAAUGAAACAUCGGAUGAUGAUGCAGACAAUGGCGGAAGAAAAAAAGCUAAGAACAGAAUGGGGGCGAAGUUGGCAGCAACUAGUUUAAAUAUUGGUGUAGGCAGUUUUAGCGAUCCGAAAAAUAUACAAGGCUUGGCACAUUUUUUGGAACAUAUGGUUUUUAUGGGUAGUGAAAAAUUUCCUGUUGAAAAUGAUUUCGAUUCCUUUUUACAGAAACGUGGUGGCUCAGACAAUGCAACAACCGAUUGCGAAGUAACAGCAUUUUAUUUUGAAUGUCAAGAACGUGAUUUAAGUGAAGCAUUAGAUAAAUUAUCACAAUUUUUUAUUGCACCAUUAUUAAAACGUGAUGCAAUGAAUCGUGAACGUAUAGCUGUUGAUUCCGAAUUUCAAAUGGCAUUUCAAUCAGAUUCUGAUCGUCGUGAACAAUUACUUCUAUCAUGUGCACCGCCCGAUCAUCCUGUAAACACAUUUACAUGGGGUAAUUUAAUUACAUUACGUGAUCAAGUUAGUGACGAUGAAUUAUAUGAAAGUUUAGUUGAAUUUCGUAAACGACACUAUUCAUCGCAACGAAUGACUUUAGCAAUCCAAGCACAAUUAUCUUUAGAUACUUUAGAACAAUAUGUUGUUGAUUAUUUUUCAAAAAUACCAAAUAAUCAAUUACCUCCACCAAAUUUUGAACAAUAUGCAGGACAUGUGUUCGAUACGCCGGAGUUUAAACGAAUGUAUUAUGUGAAACCAGUUAAAGAUAUUUGUCAGUUACAUCUUACAUGGCCGUUACCAUCACUUUUAAAACAAUAUAAGAGUAGAUCUCAACACUAUGUCGCAUGGUUAAUUGGACACGAAGGAAAAGGAUCAUUAAAAUCGUAUUUUAUGGAUAAUGUAUGGGUGUUAGAUAUUUCAGCUGGUAAUGAAGGAAGUGGUAGUGAAUACAAUUCAAUGUAUACAUUAUUUAGUAUUGAUAUAGUACUCUCUGAUGAAGGUUUUAACCAUAUAUCUGAAGUAUUAGAUGCAGUUUUUUCAUAUAUCAAAAUGUUAAAACAUUUUGGACCACAAGAACGUAUUUUUAAAGAAAUUCAAAGUAUUAAAUCAACAGCAUUUCGUUUUCAAGAUGAACGUGGUGCUUAUAAUACAGUAGUGGCAUUAGCUGAAAAUAUGCAAUUCUAUCCUCCAGAACAUUAUUUAGUCGGAAAUUAUUUAUAUUUAGAAUAUGAUCCAGAGGGUAUAACAAAUGUAAUAAAUUGUUUAAAACCAGAAACAGUGAAUAUAAUGAUCUCUUCUACAAAAUUACCAGAUAAUAUACAAUAUAAUAGAGUUGAAAAAUGGUUUAAAACACCAUACUAUGUUAAAGAUAUACCAAAAGAGUCGAUAGAAAAAUGGCAAAAUAUUGAAUGCUACGAUUGUUUUAAAUUACCUGAACCAAAUAUCUAUUUAACAAAUGAUUUUACAUUGUUAACGCAUGAUAAAAAUGUAAUACCUGAGUAUCCAGAACAAGUAUUGAAGAAUUCAUUAUGUGAAUUAUGGUAUCGGCCGGAUAUCAAAUUUAAAUUACCAAUUGCUUACAUGUACUUUUAUAUCAUUACACCAAUGAGUGUUAAUUCGCCACAAACAGCUUCAAUGGUCGAUUUAUAUGUGACAAUGCUAGAACAUCAAUUAAAUGAGGCAUCAUAUGAUGCUCGCGUAGCUGAUUUGCAUCAUUCAAUUUAUUCAUACGAAAAGGGUAUAAUGUUAAAACUAAAUGGUUAUAAUGAAAAAUUACAUCUUUUAUUAGAAUUAAUUUUACGAAAAAUGAAAAGUUUUUCAUCCAAUUUAAGUGAGAAAUUGUUUGGUGCUAUUAAAGAACAAAUCCGGAAAGCUUACACGAAUAAUUUAAAUAAAGCUGAUAAACUUGCUAAAGAGGUACGUUUAUCUAUAUUAGUACAAGGUUACUGGAGCUCAACCGAUCGAUUGAAUGGAAUUAAUGAUAUUACAUACGAAAUGAUGUUACAAUUUGGUGAUGAUUUAUUAAAACAAUUAUUUAUUCAAGCAUUAAUACAAGGUAAUAUUUCAUCACAAGAUUCAAUAAAAAUCACACAAACAAUUGAAAAUACAUUACAAUGUCAAUCAAUCAACGAUGAAUCAAUAAUACCUCAAUAUAUUGUGAGACAAUUACCUGUGGGAAUCAAUAAAUGUUGUUUGUCAUCGUACAAUGUAAAUGAUAAAAAUUCAACGGUUACUAAUUAUUAUCAAUCAGAUAUUGGAUAUUUACGUGAAUUUGUUAUUAUUGAAUUAUUAAUGAUGCUUAUUGAGGAACCUUUAUUUGAUACUUUACGAACAAAAGAACAACUUGGAUAUGAUGUAUUUUGUACAUUACGUGACACAUUUGGAAUAUCUGGAUUUUCAAUUACAGUUAAUACACAAGCUGAUAAAUUUUGUACUGGUCAUGUUGAUGAACGUAUUGAAUCUUUUAUCCAUGGAGCAAUUAAAAUAAUUGAAGAAAUGCCAUCGGAUGAAUUGAAUCAAGUGAAAAACGAUUUAAUUCACUUAAAAUCAUGUGUUGAUUUAUAUUUACAAGAGGAAGUAGAACGUAACUGGACAGAAAUUACUAGCAUGGAAUACAUAUUCGAUCGUUUAAAACGUCAAAUUGAUUUUAUUAAAGAAAUUACGAAGGACGAUGUUCUUGAUUGGUUUAGUUCGCGUAGUCUACAUUCAGCGUCAUCAAAUACACAUUUACGUAAAUUAUCGAUACAAAUUUCUGGUCAUUCUGCACCAAAAAAUGAAAAAAAUUCUCCGGACAACGCUUCAAAAAAAGAGAAUUGCACUUGUAAGGAAAAAGAAAAACCCUGUGUAAUAUGGAAAUCUGUCAAAGAUAUUGAAAAAUUUAAAAAUGGUUUAAGUACAUUUCCACCGAAACAACAAUUACAAAUAAAAAACUAGUAGAGAGAUCUUAAACUUAUCUCGUUCAAAUGCACAAUAUUGUAAGAAAAAAAUUAAGUUGCUAUAAGAAUUCGAUUAUUCCAAUUUUAGAUUCGGCUGUUAAACUUCACUGUCAAUUAAAUUAAAAUAACGAGUGGCGCUAUGAAUUUUCCUGUAGGUAAUUUUCUUAUGUUUUACCUGCAAUUUUUUAGCUUAACAUAUUGAUUAUUUGCACGGAAUAAGUGUGAGAAAUUUCAUAAAGAGACACCGUGUGUUCAACUAACAACAUGUGUUAACUUACAAUAUUCUCUCAUUCAUCUACCUCCACGAUUGUAUUUAUUUUGGUUAAAUAAAUUUUAGUUUUCAAGAAGAA